AUGUUUCGAAUAAUUAUAUUAUUUUUAAAUGUCUAUCUUGUUUUUGGAGAUGACCCAAAAGUGGAAACUACCCAUGGUGUAGUGCAGGGUAAAGUUCUGAAGACAUUAUAUGAAGAAAAGGAAUAUUAUGGCUUCAUGGGGAUACCAUUUGCAGUACCACCUGUUAAAGAACUACGGUUUAAGGCUCCACAAGAAAUCGAUCCUUGGAACGGAACCCUGCUCGCAACUAAAGAAAAACCGGCCUGUAUACAAUUCAACAAUGACGUAAAAAAAGGUCAACCUCUCGGACAAUACGGAGUCGAAGACUGCCUCUAUCUUGACAUUUUCACUCCAAACAUCGAUCAAAAUAGACGGGCCGUUAUAGUGUUUAUUUACAACGAUCGACUACAAAAUUCAUACAACAAAACAUUGGACUAUGCGCCAGAUUUUUUCAUUGAAGAAGAUGUUGUCAUUGUAACGCCAAGUCAUAGACUGAGCACAUUCGGUUUUUUGUCAUUUGAAGACGAGCAUUUACCCGGUAACGCGGGCUUACUCGAUCUGUACUUAAGUCUAAAGUGGAUAUCCAAGAAUAUACAAUACUUUGGUGGCGACCCUGAGAGGAUCACCUUAAUGGGUUCUCAAGGAGGCGCUGUUGCUAUAGACUUGCUUCUACAUUCAAAAGCAAAUGAACUAUUCCAUUCUGCCAUCCUUCAGAGUGGCACGUCGCUAACAACUAUGUAUUUACAAGAAAAUGUCCGGGAAAGAACGUUCAAACUAAGAGAAAUUUUAAAAAUACCUUCUACUAAUACUGAGAAAAUUCUUAAAGAAUUACAAAACGUUCCCCCUUCAGAUAUAUUUAGAUACGAACUCCAAGCAAUGCCUGAUGAUUAUAAUAAAGACCAACAGAGAAGUGUAUUAUCAUUCGGACCCAUUGUUGAAAAGAGGCCAGAUGGAUUUAUUACUGAGUAUCCAGAAAACAAAUUAGGUACUAUAAACAAACCAGUUAUGAUUGGUAUGAAUUCAAGAGAAGGUUUAGCCCUAUCAAUAUACUACCUUACGCAACCAAAUUUUUUUGGUACCAUUAACAAACAUUAUCCUUUGAUAAUGCCUAAACGAUUAAAAUACAAACUAAACCCAAUCCAUGAUAAUUACAUCGAAGCUAUAGAAGAUGUGAAGAAAUUCUACUUUGGUAAAAAUAAAAUAACGAUAAAAAAUAUACCAGAAUUCAUUAACUAUAUUGGCGAUGUAAUAACAGCAUAUAGCAUAAACAUGAUGGUGGAAAACUUUGCCAAUAAGAGUUCGGUAUAUUAUUAUUAUUUUGACUAUUACAGUGGUCUAAAUCAGAAUAAAAAUAAUUUGCUCAAAUUAUCCGAAGUUUCUGAUGGCACGUGGGGGACAGCGACUGGUGAUGAAUUAUGCUAUUUAUUCAAGUGCCCAGAGUUACGAAGGACGUACCAAAAAUAUAAACAAAUGUUGGCACAGGAAUACCAAAUUCAAAGCAAAAUGGUUAAAAUGUGGGCGAACUUCGCAAAACACAGUAAUCCAACGCCUGACGAAAAUAAUCCAUUAAAUUUAAAAUGGCCCACGUACGAAACUGAAUCAAAAAAAUAUCUCCAUAUAAAAGAAAAUAUUGAAGUCGGGGAGAAGCUUCUGGAAGAGCGAUUUAAAUUCUGGGAUGAUUUUAUGAAAAAAUGGGAAGAGAUAACUAUAAAUGAGACUGCAAGAGGGAAAAUUGAGGACGAAUUAUAA